CGGGGCCUGUGUGUCAUCAGGUUCGGUUGAGCAGGUUGGUGGCUGUGGUGCGGGGUUUGCUUGGAGCGUGACGUGUUAGGUAUAUGUGUUCUACCCAGGGAAGAACUUCUGCAGGCUAGCAAGAAUGUUUCUCACAUCCAAAGAUGCCAACUCCAUUCUGAAGCGAUUUCCAAGAGCAAAUGGUUUUCUGGAAGAGAUCCGGCAAGGGAGCAUUGAGCGGGAAUGUAUGGAGGAGAUCUGUGUGUAUGAAGAGGCAAAGGAAGUGUUUGAGGACAAUGAGAAAACGAUGGAGUUCUGGAAGGGAUAUGCCAGCAAUGUGUACACAACCCCCAGCAACAACUCUGGCCUACGCGUGGAGCGCACUGAUGCAAUCUAUGUUGUCGUUCCUCUCCUGGGUGUGGCAUUAUUAAUUGUUAUUGCACUCUUUGUGAUCUGGAGGUGUCAGCUGCAAAAGGCGACUCGACGCCGGCCAACGUACUCUCAGAGCAGGUAUCUGACGAGCCGCACAACGCGGAGCCUGCCUCGGGUCCUUGUGCAUCGGGAGACAUCACAUGCUCAGACAGACCCAUCCCAUCAUGAGCAGGGUACCAGACCUACUUUAGACCGCAGUGAACCCAGUGGCCCACCAUCAAACAGAACUCUAUACGUGCAGGAACAAUCUGCGUCUGUCUCUUCUAGACUGUCCAAUGCCACUCCCCCGCCUUCAUAUGAAGAGGUUACUGGACAUGUGGAAAGCAGUGGAGAGGAGACGACUACACCAUACAGUGACCCACCACCAAAAUACGAAGAGAUUGUUAGAGUGCAUCCUGCUGUAUCACGCCAGAACACCACCAACAAAUAACUGGCUGAGGAUUUGAGAGAACUUAAUCAGUGAUGAUAGCAUGUUGAUGUGAGAGACCUCUUGCUUUCAGACAAUAGUCUCUACCUGUGGUUACUUAGGUAAAAUUUGCUUCCAGAAACCAUGCAAGUGUCCAGGUGGCCAUAGCAUUCAAGUAAAGCAAAUAUUUAGUUAGGUGAUGAGGUUGAUGGAAAUCAGUGACUUUUUAAAACAAACUUGGGUUGUGCUUUCUCAUUCUGGGAGGAAUGCCUUGCAGAGACAGGGUAAUGAACUUACCCUGCAAUUCAUUAGGCAGGGUAAAGGAGGUGCCUACCCGCUUAAGUACAUGAAAAAUACCCUAACUGUAGCCAAACUAAAUUGGAAAAAUAGUCAGAAUUAGCAGUGUUAUCACUUUGUUGAUGGCAAAUGCCAGAUUGAUAUUUGCUAUAUGUGUGAUCCUAUUUCUUUGUUGAUACAGCACCACUGCCAGUUGUGUCAUAUUUUCACAUUACUCACAAGGCUUGUGCACAAGCAUGGAGAGUAAAUGCUGUAAGAGUCUUAAAAUGCAGUGGCCUUGAUCAAUCCUUUGUUUGGGAUCUGCAAUGUGUUUUUAAUUUAAGCACAGAAAAGAAGGUAUGCCUUAAUAAGCAGACUGCUGCUUCCUCAGUUUAUACUUGAAGUAAACUUCAGGGAAUGGGAUGAAGCUCUCAUGCUAUCAGUCAAGAAAUCUACAAUUCUAAAACUUGCCACUGCCACCAGAUUGCAAAGUGCCCAAUCCCCAAUUCCAGCCCUAGGGAGGGGGAUCUUGUCCCACAUGCUUGUUCUUUGCUCUGAUCAGCUGUGUUUUGAGGUUCCGAAUAGUUUAAAAAAAAAAUCAUUGUGAGUGAGUAAGUUCACAUAUUAAUUUGUGCUGGUGUUGACUGCAGAUGUACCAGUCUGACAGGUAUAAGUAUUUGUUGGGAUAAUGUGUUGUUUGGAAAAUAAAUGGCAAGUGAAUUAGAAGCUUAAAGGAAACAUAUUAAUAGUAAUAUAUCAAUGAUUUCUUUAUCAAAAUGGGAAACAAUCUCUAUUUCAAAUUUUAUUAUGCUGCAUUUUUAUUGAAUUUUUUAAAAACUGAAAGUGUAAAUGUCUGCUUAUUAAGCAUCGAGGUAAUAGCAAUGAAUGGUUGCAUGUUUCACAAAGGUGAUAAUGAAGUUCUAUACAAUCUUUUGUUGCUGAAGGGUGUAAGCAAAUGGCCCUAACCAUCUUCACUGAUGAUGCAGUUCUCCAUUACUUACCCUGGAAUCCUAAUUGAUCCUCUAGACUCAGUCAGAGGUUGAAUUUUGCAUGGUUUGGGCCAAUAAUAUAUCACCUUAGGUCUGUAAAUUUUGUUUGCUGAAGGAUUAUAUACUUUUUUUUUACUAAUCCACUACAGUUUACUUUAGGAUUGGAUAAAGAUUUUACCACAAGUUUACUUUUGGUUACAUAAUAAGAUAGAUGUUCAGGUGGACAAUUUAUAUCAAGGUAGGAAAAAUCUUUCAACUAGUGAUUACAGCCAUGUAAAGUAUGGCUUCAGAAUAACUAGAAAGUUCUUGACUUUGUAUUAUAAUUACUAUUUAAUGGAGACAGCCUCCUCCCAUUCAAUAAGGAUUCCAUUGGAGCAGAUGAAAUGGCUCUUACCAUCCAAGCUUUACGUUAUCAUGGAUUGUUUCAUAGUCCAGUUACCACCAUUGAAGUUGUUUCGCAGUUGAGGGUCUUAACUUGUGUUUUUCAGCAUCUUUGUAAAUGUGAUCUGAUUUAUUUUAGGAAUGUAUUCUACUUUUAAGUUAAAGCCUAAGGUCAAUAACAACCAAUAAUGGUGGUAAUUUGACUUUCUCAUUAAAAUUCUUACCUUUAUGUUUAAAUCCCUUUUACUCUGACCACUCCCUAUCUUGGAAGCCAGUACUAUAACCUCGCCAUUCUAUGUACUGUCCCAAUUUUUAGACAUCCUACUCUGCCUUAGUCCCAUUAUUGGCGAAGCAUCUUUUGUCAUCAUGGUCCCAUGCUUUGAACUCCCUCCUUAAAUAUUUACUUUAAGACAUUCCUCAAAACCCACCACUUUGACAAAGUUUGUGGUCAUCCCUCCUAAUAUCUCCUUCUUUGGCUUGACAUUCACUGCUUGUCUGUUUGUGCUUCUGUGAUACACCUUGCUUUUUUUCUUGCAUUAAAAUGUGCUAGAUAUGUGCAGUUGUUGCAUUUGUGAGGUUUACAUCAUAUGGUGUAUUUCCUUAGGCAAGCAGUUGAUGUUUUUUGAUCUUAUUUCACUUCUGAAAUUAUUUUCCCACACUUGCCCUGCCUGGUUGACUGACCUGUGUUACAGCUUGCAUUACCCUCUUAUUACCCUUCCCAACACCACUGCAUUCUUAUUAAUUGGAAAAAAAGAUUUAGUAAUUGUGGAAAAUUGAUAACUGCACUCAUAAAUAUAAAAAUGUAAACUUUAAAUAAUGUAACUUAUGCUUUUUUUUAUCCACUCCAGCACUGAAUUCAAAUGCUUUUGGAUUAGAUGGUGGCUGGGCUACCUUCCUUUCCCAUUGCAUUCGAUAAAGAAGUAUUGAAAUAACUAUAUAAACUUUAACUUAUUUUCAAAACUAAUUUCUUAGUGCUUUGUGCAUUGUAAAACAAUUGAAAUGUGCAGUGCUUCAAACACUAACUAUACAGUGGGUUUUUGAUGGCAGUAAUCACCUGAGGCAAUUCCUUUCUAGGAUUGUGUUCUGUGGAUCAAUAAAGUUGUGUUUUUUUAAAACAAAAGUUUGUUUGAGAUUCAGUAAUACUGCGCUAAAAUCCACUCAAUGCUAAUAAAAUCAUUUAUGGCAUCACA